UUAUACUAUGCAGCACGUUUUGCAGAUCUGACUUGUUUUCGAAUGUUGCUACUUUUUGGCGCUGACCCAGAUUACAACUGUUCACACCCUGAAUUCUUAAGCAGUGCUCCAGAUGUUUCGUCAAUAUUAGGGAUGUGUCUUGCCAACAACUAUGAGGUCCAAUUUGUGAAACUGCUCAUUCAGUUUGGGGCUAAUAUGUACUUACCUGAUAUACAGAGAACCCGGAUCCAAGUUGAUAAUGAUGCAGCAAAACUUCUGGACAGAGAAAUGGUUCAUCCAAGAUCCCUGAUGUCUCAGUGUCGUAUCACUAUAAGAAGGCUAAUGAAACAAGUGGGGAAACUCGGUCUCAUUGAUCAGCUAGAAGUCCCUGAUGUACUACUGAGAUACUUACAGUACCACGAUGAGCUGGAUUACCAAGAGAAGCUGCCACGACAUCAAGCAAGAUAUCCGGUAUUCCAUCGUAUGGUCCCCUGUUUUAUAUGAAACCAAUGAGAUCAGGAAAUGUCCAGUAACGGCCCAGAGUGAUCAUUCUGGAAGGAGGGGAUGAUGAGGGUGAUUUUGAUACCAAAGAAUCGAUAACCUACUGU